GCCUCCAGAUGCAGAGAUUAAAACUACAACGGAGAAUUUGGGACAGCGGGCACCCCCGGCUGCAGGGAGAAUUUGGGACAGCGGGCACCCCCGGCUGCAGGGAGAAUUUGGGACAGCGGGCACCCCCGGCUGCAGGGCAGCAUUGUCACAUCAUGCGCCCAGCACCUUUCCGCCCUGGAUCUCAAAGCACUUCACAAAGAUGAGCAGGACCAUUAUCCCCAUUUUACAGCUGGGGAAAUCAAGGCACAGAGCAGGAAAGUGACUUGCCUUAGCUGGGAAUAGGCCCUAGGUGUCCUGUCUGCCUGGGCACCGUUCUAACCCUUGAGCUCAGGGGGUUCAAGCCUCCCUGGGGGCAGCAGCACCCUGGGGUCUCUGGAGCAGCUGCUGCUGGCCUGUUGCAGACGGGAUACCGGGCCAGAUGGGCUCUGAUGUGAUCCGGGGGGGAUUCCUCUGCAGUAACCUGCCCCCAUACAGCUGUACAGAUAUUAGCCAAUUAGCCCGUGGUGCCCUGCGUGGCAGGCAGGCAUCCCCACGUGCCGGAGGGGGAACGGCUGGCUGAUGAAGUAGGGCUAGUCCACUAGGGAUUGCACUGGCCCCUGAGAACAAUGGGCUCUGCUGGGGGCAGUGGUCCGACCACCGGCCUAGGGGCACUUGGGAGACUGGACCAAUAACCAUGUUUCCGAAUUCUGUACACGGUGCCAGGCCUAGCCACGGAGACACACUGCUCCUCUGAUGGGCUCUACACCCCAGGGAGCGCCUCAGCCGGGCUGCCAGCUGCUUAAAGGGAUAGCACCCAAGUUCCAUUUGGGGAAACCGAGGCACGGAGCGAUGCAGUGACUUGCCCAAGGCCAUAGGAGGAGGUGUUGGUAGAGCCAGGUGUUGAAGCUGCGUCCACAGCGGGAGAACAAGGGAGCGAUGCCUGCGGGAGUGAAGUGCAAACUCGCGGCGAGGGAGGAUGUCUCGAGCGAUGCCGUGGCCCCUCAGGACGCCGAGCUGUCUGCACAGCUGCGCCAGCGUCUCUUCUACGCCGCGGUGGAUAAAUUCAGGAAGGAAAGCGUAGAGAAAAGGCCUAACCUACUCCGCCAGGUGCUGAUCUGCAACACCCUCCAUCAAAUCUGGGAAGAGAUGUGCCUGGAAAAGUGCCUCCUACCUGGCCUGAAUCCCCCGGCUGUUACGCAUCCACCUCCUGUCCAGACGGAAGUUACCCCCCCAUCUCUGGCCUGGGAGGAGAGAUCCCGGUUCCAGGCAGCGAGCCAGCCUCCGAAAGGCCCGGGCGACACGGAGACAGCAGGGUUUGCCGCAGGAAAUGACUUUUCUGCAGCCUCUGCCGUCCCCACCAUCCUGGAGGCGCCGGAGCUGGCGCGGGAUCCCGGUGGCCCGCAGGACUCGCUUGCAGACCCCGUGCCUGCUGUGGAAGAAGUGGAGCUGGCGCAUCUCUUCGGAGCUGGCUUGUCCCAGAACCACCGGCAGCCAGACGCUGGAGAGAGCCACGGGCUGGAGACAACGGGCAGCCGCUGUGCGGCUCAGGAGCUGCGCCGGGGUUCGCCGGGAGACGCCGGGGCAACCCUGAGCCUGGGAACCGCUUUGGGGGAAGCGUGGCCACAGGCCAGCACUGCUGAUUCCUUCUUCGGGAGCUUUGAGACCCUGGACUCCGGCUACCUCAGCAACCUGGCCGGGGACGACCUGUUUUCCGACAUCGACACUUUGGGCUUCGAGAGCUUCGGGGCAGAAGCGCCCGGCAGCUGGCAGCCCUCCCAGGCCAGCGGAGCCCCAGCAAGGAGAGACUGGCAUGACCUCGACCACCUAAUGGAGAUAGUCGUGGGGUCCUAAGGCCAUGCUUCUCCUGCCCGUUCUCCGCGUACAGACACGGGCCGCUCAGAGUUCAUUGUCUCAAGCGAGGAAGGCGGAUAGCGUGCUGGUCGCUCCCUUCUCCUCUGACACCGCUCCGGCUGCUGGCAUGGGUUGAAAACUCCUGGCUACCGCAGCCGGUCGGCCCCGACUUGCACGUGUGAGCCUACCUGUCCCAUUGCCUCCUUCCUGCUGCUGAGGGCUCCUGCCGGAGCUGGGAGUUGGAAUCGCCGUCUUCCCGAAGGCCGAUGUGACUGUGUGUUAAGGCCGUAACGUUAGCGCCAAGAGGGAAGGCUACGAACAGAGGCAAGCGGCGUCUCAGGUCAUUGGCCGCCUUCCCCCAUGAAACACCCGGGCAGCGUCCGCCUUGGUAACGAGGUCUGCUAAACCGGUUCCCAUCGGCACCUCUCUGGCGCAGGCCUGUAACGCUCGGGCCCUGCACAUCGCAACUUGCCGCGGGCUUUGCCGGCCGGGUCUAUGUCCUGCUACGGUGUCGGAUUUGGGAGCCAGCUUUGCUACCUCUUUAAGAACAGGCUGGUCUCGCUGAAGUGGCAUCGGGAGGGAUUUGGGCCAGAGAAUCCGUGGGGCUGGGAUUCUCUCGGGGGUCUCUCUGAGCGACGGUCAUUUAGCAAGAUGUCUGUUAAUCUCUCGUCCUUGUUCAGACGCUCGGGUGGGGCUGCGGUGCGACCCCUCUCCUGCCAGGAGGCUGCAGGAGCGCUGCACGGCUGCGUGGGAUUCGUCCUGGGCAGACUCACCCCAUCAGAGUGACGGCAGCUGAUCUACGGAGCCCUCGCUCUGGGCCUGCUGUCCCUCUGCCCCGAGACCGCCGCUUGGUUCUUGCUCAUGCCUCCGGCUGCCAGUCGUGCUGGGUUCAGGCAGCGAGCUGGCAAACAGCUGGGACUGGGGGGCUGUUCCCUGGAUUCCUCUUCUGACGCAAUUUGUUGGCCGCAAUAUGUGACGUACGAUGUACAACCACGUCCUUGUAUAUGCACAAUAGUCAGUAACAGUCUGUCUCCGUGGCUCUGUAAUAUUUUCCUGAGCGUCACAGAGCUCCGUGCUCUUUGCAGCAGGCUUUUGGGUGAAGUCUUGUCAGUGUUUCAGACCCAAUCAUUUACAGCGACUGGCCUGGUUUUUAAAAUACCAACGGGCCUGUUUUCUCUUGGAGUGGGAACCUCGGUGCGCUGCCCUCAGCCAGUCCAGAUCUGUGGAGAACUGCAAAACUUCUUAAGAUUCAGUUGUGAUUUUUAAUGAUUUCUUCUUAGGCCUCUGGGCCAAGCUAGGCAGGCAUGAUCAUUGUGUUCUGGGGCCAAUGCUGAGACACCAGAGAGGGCCGUGACUCACCCGGUCUCUAGCCAGGUCCCUUUACGGGGUCUCAAGUUGGGCACACACAAGUCACUGCUACAAGUUCUGGUUUCAGUUCUCUUUUGGAAGCCUGGGAUGUUUUCGUGGGUUGCUCUGGUCCUGUACCCCGAGAUCUUUGCCUGAGUUGCUCCAGGGAACCAAUCCUGUUAUAAUAUUACGAGCUCCUCUGGGGUGUAAAUUUGGGGUUGGCGGCUGGGAAUGCUUGAGAGGUCCAGCUUUCCUGUGUUUGGCCAGAGUUCUGUCUUCUCAUUAGUCACAGCAUGGAAGUUGACACAUGCAGUGUCAUCUUGCCAUGCACAAAAGACUAGACCUUGAGUCUGAUUUUCAGAUCUGCUCGGCCCCCGCCCGGCUUCAGCCAUCUUCCCUGGGAGCUGCAAGGUGCUCAGGUGUUCAGCAGAUCUGGGCUGAUCGUAGGGGUGUCUGCACUCCUGGGAAUCUGGACUUAAGGAACCCAAAGUCCUAGUGGUGUUAAUGUUUCAGGAGAAUACACUGAAAUGUGAGAUUCAUGCCAGAUGUACGUGCCCUUGGAAGAUAAAGCAUUACCAGGGGGUUUUGCCACGUGUGUGAAGAGAUGUCCAUCUCCUUGGUGUACUGCUCGGCCAGUGCUGGGGGAUCACGGUAGAAUUGCACCUGUUUAACGUUAGAAUUAUUAAUCUGCUUUACUGUAAGCCAUGGGCAGUGGACACUCUGUCCUGUCCGAUGCCGGAUGGUAACGGAACAAAAAGCAGACACCUUCUCCCAAAAUCCUUGGUGCUGUACAGAGAUCUGUAGCCUGGCCGUUGCAAUUUCCAGGUGCUGCGAAAGCUGCGUUAAUGGUGGAACUCCCAAACAUGCCCUGCAGCUUCGGGGAAAACUCCUGUUUAAAUCGAGUUGGGCCUGAGUGUGGAGCAGGGCUCUGUGUGGGAAAGUGGAUGCACAAGGCGAUCUAGUAGCUUUUGUUCUUAACCGAAACGACGUGACCUUUAACUAAAGCUGUGAGCUUCGUUUAUCUUGCAGCAUUUGUGUGUGUGCACGUUUCAAUCCCUAAUUACUUGCAAGGUGCAAAUUAUGGGUUUUCAUACCUGACAAGCUCAAAUUGUGCCAUAAUCUGGGUAUAAAGGAUUCAAAUAUCAGUGUUAAGUCACCCACUCGUGACAAAUGCCCUGAAUCUGCUGCGAAACUGUAGGGCAAAUGCUCCUUAUGCAGAUCUGCGUAAUUAAACUGUUGCUCUACCUGAAUUGUUACAGUUUAAACUAAAGUGUCUUACACUGAUUGCCCCUGUCUUGUUAAACAUGAUUGAAGGGACUGUAGCUGUCUGCUCCGACAGAUGGGCACAUGUUGAAACAAACUAUGCUGGCAAAACUGUCACUGCGAGGUUAAUUUAAAAAGGACAUUUCUUUACUUUACUUUGUGAAUAAGAGUAUCGGAUCCAUG